CAGCUGUAAUGAGGCUGCCUCAGUACGAUGACGUCUCUCGUGUAAGCGUCAAUGUAGAUGGGGCAGUGUCCAAUUUACCCCACUGUUGUGACGCCUGGAUGUGCCUUUGUGCUUUAUUGUGAGUUUGGAACUCAUGUCAGUGAUUAGCAGCGGGCAGGUGUGGGCGGGGGCCCCUACAGCAUCUGUGGUGAACCAGGAUCAGUGAGGGGAGAGCUACCACCGUGUUGUUGUGAUGGCGGAGGUGGCAGGGGCGAACCUCCCCUCGCUAGCCACUCGUCACCGCCGUCACUGUAGCCCAUCGCCUUUGCAUCAGGCCCCACUUACUCUCGCCAUGGCCGUAGGCAUUAGGCGAACUCUAGUGAGCCAAUACCACAACCGCUACAGACUCCCUGUCCCUCUGUGCCACUCGACGAGCCCAGCCCAAGACACCACCCCUACUAGGACCCUCACCACGACCCUUGUAUGUCCGGCGGUGUGCAGGGAGCCCAACACCACCCCCAUGUGAGCCACAGAUAUUGUACAGGUUGUCCCCUCGAGGCCCCAGUUUACCUCAGCGUCACGACACACGCAAAACCCUUAUUGCCUGCCAGUUUCCUGGGGCCCCUCGCUGCCCCUUCACACCUCUUCAGGCAUCGACAUUCACGUAGAAAAUUUGUGCCGAGUAGCCUAUUCGGCGCGAGGAUGGGGUGCGUGGCCAGCAAGCCUGACAUCAACGACCUACAUGCCAACAUCUUCCAGGUGGUGAAUGUGGAUGACCUCGGCCACCGCUUCAGUGCCGCUAAGCUGGAGGUGACGGACACCGAUUUGGUGCUUCACCAACGCGGCAAGUCCGCAAUUCACUGGCCACUCCGCUGUCUCCGUCGCUAUGGCUUUGAUGCAGAGCUAUUCAGCUUUGAGUCAGGCCGAAGGUGCCCCACAGGUCCGGGCAUCUAUGCCUUCAAGUGCCGACGGGCAGAGGCACUUUUUAACAUGUUGCAACUCCAGAUUCAAAACAUCACUGAAGAUGCAGCAUCUCGAGAUAUUGCUGCUCUUCCUCCUCAAGUGGUCAAUGAAAAUCGAGACUUGACCCAUGAUGAUUCCCGCAACAGUGGGACUGCUGGGGCUACAGAUAUUGAGGGUUAUUUGGAACCUGUGCAACGACCACACCCCAGAGUCUCGAACAAUAAAGGGGCGACCUCUAUAGGUGUGCCAACUGGUUCAAGUGUUAGUGGAGUAAAUAGUGUUGUUGGAAGUGGAAGUGUUAGUGGAGGUGGUAUGUCAUAUGGUGGGGCAACUGGUGUUGUGGUUGGUGGUGGGCUGGGUACAAUUCGUUCCCCUGCAUCUCCCCCUGCACAACUUAGCCCAACUCGUCAUUCCUGCUAUGAAAACACUUAUGAUAUAACCCGAACUGAAGAGACCCCACCAACUCCAGGCCAUAACAUGAGAGAACCACCACCUACACCAACAGAACCACUCAGACCAGUGUUUGUAAAUCAUAUUGAUAAAACAGUGUCCUAUGACCAUAGUGUGAGGCCAGCUUCAUAUUCAGAUAGAUCCACAUCACAGUUAAAUUCAACACAGUCAAAGCGCCCAAGAUCAUAUGUGAACAUUAACUCUAGUAAACCUCAUUAUGAUGUGAAUACAAAUGAUCUAGUGUAUGUCAAUGUAGGCCCGGAGCGUCACCAUGACCACAACCAUGUAUAUGUCAAUCUUGGGCAGGAGAAAGAUGUACCUGCAGUGCCUCCUCGAUCCUCUCUGGCUGCGGGGUCUGCAGGAUCAGGUUCCUCCCAUUCUGGUACCACCACUACCACAGACACAGACCACCAACCUUCGCAGAUAAACUAUAUCAUCCUCGAUCUAGACCCUGGCUCAGAUUCCUCUCAAGCAGCUCCAGUCAGUCCACUAGGAUCUGUAGCAUCUGGCCCUGAAUCACCACAUCAUUUAGCUGAAGGCUAUGCUACCAUUGACUUUGAUAAGACGGCAGCUCUGUUAGACACGGCAAUGGCAGCAUCUGCGUGGGAGGAUGGCUCAAGAAAAACAAGACACAAUUCCACUUUCACAAACCCGGCAACUCUAACACGACACAACUCUUCUUUGUCAGAUUGAGAUACCGUAUAAAUUUUAGUGCAGACUUCCUGAUUGAAUCAUUGAUGGAAAUGGCAGGAGCCUGCUGUUUUGCAAAUCAAGAUGGAUUUCUAUUACAGCUAAAAUGGCUUCAGUAGGAACCUGCCACUGCUAAUAAAUAAUACAUCUAUGUGAUGUGCCAAAAAGCUCUCAGGAGCAGUAUUAUAGCUGUAUAUAGGUACUCUGACCAGGAAAUAUGUGCACAAUUCAGCUGAUAAACCUUUGAAUUAAAGGUGAACAGUUUUCUUCUUUUUACAGUGAUGAUUGGGCAGAUAAUCAUACUUGUGAUUUUUUUUUUGUAGCAGUCAAUGUGGCUGUUUUUUUUUUCUACCAAAGUGCCCCUCUGGCUGCUGAGGACCCGUGUGACCCUUUGUGACCAGCCUUCAAGUUAACCUUGCCCCUCCACCCCUGUGACCCAUCUUCACCCUUCUGGUUGCUGAUGACUGGUAGUAGCCCUUGUCAUUUGCCUUCAGGUCAAUCAUGCCUCAGUGGAUGUUCACAACCCAUGUAACUUUUUUCUCUCUUUAUCAGCCCAUCUGUUGGGCUUUGGAGAAUCUGUAUGAUCCUUACUGGCUAGCCUUUACAUCUAACCUCUCGAUACUUGGACAUUUGGUCCUCUGUUGCAAAAGCAUCAGCCUUACCUGGCUUUUUGACUUGCGAUCUCAUAUGACCCCUGUUGUGGUUUAACUCUUGUGUGGCUGUUAAGAACCUAGUUAAUUUGCUUUUAAGUCAAUUUUGAAACCUUUAUAGCCUCCUCUUGUAGGCAUUUGCCUCUUACAUCAACCAUUCUACUUACAUAUAGGCUCAAUGUACUUUUUGUUCAUGGACUUGUAGUUGAUGGGAAUUAUAUAUCAACUUUCAUUAGCAAUAGCCUGAUUUUUUGUGGAAAAAUGUUACAUAUACAGUAAUGUGUAAAUUGUUAUUGAAUAAGAAUGCCUUCCUUGAGUGCUGAAUUGAUCCACAGUUUGACAUGUAUGACAAUAUAUCAAAACAAAUCAUGCUUUAUAAAUGUAUUUUUUUAUUGUUAAUUAUUCUAAAAUUGGGUUGAAAUUAAAGGCAUCUCAGUGUUAGAUAUUGAAAUUCUCAUAUUUACAACUGUUUAAAUAUUUGUAGGGACUUAGGCAUGUUUUUAUAUAAAAUAAGGAUAUACAAACAUUAUAGGAAUAAAAGUUAAAUUGGUUUCUAGAUAAUUUUUUAAAAGGUUAUUCAAAUAAAGCCAUUGUAAUAAAGUUGAAUAUGGUAAUUAUUUAGUAGUUAUGAAAGAUUAUGUUGUGUAUUUAAUUAUUUUACUGUUUGUUGAUCAUAAAUGUAAUGAGGUCGUUUAUUGAAAACAAAAAUUUCUAGUUAGACAAGUUGGCCAUGGAAGUACUGUCGACAGAAAUACUAAGGGAUCCCCCUUUUCUCUUACUGAUGGUUCUUGCCUAAAGCCACAUUUACACACCAGAACUAUUUGGUGGUGUCACACAUUGUCAUACAAUACUACACCAUCCUUCAGAUACUGCUUUAUAUAAUUUUGCUGUUUCCCUUCAUUCCAUUGUCUUUUCGUUCUUUCCUGCAUGUUUUCUCGCCCCUGCGUACUUGUUGAAGAAAUUCUCAUUCUUUUGGGAUUCAUAUUUCUAGUGCAAGCAAAUGGUAGCUGCUUCACUGAAGUGAUAACUAAACCAGGAUGAAGAAAUGUUCACCAAAUAUUUUAUAUUUUUGGUCUUGAUCACUUGAAGGUGUAGAGAUGGUCAGCAACUGAAAUGUUUGAUGAAAAUUCGCGAGUACCGUCACCGAUUGCAGUAAAGGUAUGCGAGGAAUUUUUUCUUCAUCAUCAUCUCUUCAUCCCAUGAUCAAGUGUUGCAAAGCAGCAUUAACAAUCUAACUGGUUCUUAAUCUUUGCAAGCUAGAGGCAGACCUAAGGGUCACUUAUUUUCUUGUGCAAGAAAUCAAAUAAUUUUACAGUAUUGUUAACUUAGAAGCAAAAGAGCAUCAUAAUUAAUAAUUUCGGUAGCUCCUGGUGCAGCUGACACUACUACAGUAUACUUGUAAUACAAGAAAUGUUGCUCACAAUUCAUCAACCUUGCCUUUUGUGUUAAUCCUGAAUUUUUUUCUUUAUCCCUUUUCAUAAGUUGGUAAAAUGGCAACUUCACAUUACUUCACUUGUUGAAGAAACUUUGCCUUUCUUGUCUGUUUAUGAAGGAAAUGUUGGUAUCCAGUCAGUUAAGCACAUGAAUGCAGUAAUACCAGAUACUUGUUGCACGAAGUGUUAAAGAGUCUUCACUAAUUGUUUUCUUAGGUUUCAUUAAUCUGAGUCCAGGGUUCAUAUGAUCCAGUCAGUAUUAUGAAUGAAAUUGCAACACCAAGUGGGCAAUGGGGAGGGGGAGGGGCACACUGGAAGGGGGCUUUCACGUUUUGGUACUACUAGUUAGGCAUGGCCACUGGCAUUGGUGAAGGGAUGUUAGUACUUUGAUGGGAGAUGGAUACUACUACACAGUGUAAGCACUUUUGGAUUUGCAGUAGCACUGCUGGUGGGGCUUGGUCACUGAUGGUGUGGUCUGCUACAGCUUGCAAGCCUUGGGUGUUGCAGAUAUGAGAUGGUACUUUAAUGGAGCAUGAGCACUGUGUGGUAUAAAAUUGGUAAUGGGGUAUAGGCCCUGCUGGCGUAAUGUGGCACUGCUAGCAGGGCAAAGGUUAUGUUGGUAAGGCAUAGCAGUGCCAGUGGGGCAAGAACACUGCUGGUGUGGAAAUGUUCUGCUAGGGUUGCAUGCACUGCCAGCAAGGUAGAGGAAAGCAAAUGUUGAUGUGGCAUGACUGCCACACAGGCAUGGAUGAACACCCUGCUGGCAUGGUAAGGCACUGCUAGCUGGGCAUGGGCACUGUUAGUGUGUCAUUAUCCUGCUAGCAGAGCAUAGGCAGUGUUAGCAGGACAAGAAUACACUUCCACUCUACACCACUAGUUCAGCAUUGGAAUCUUCGUAGCAUUAGUAACUAGAUAAUUUUUAACAUCUGUUCUCACAGCUGCAAGACUGUUAAAGAUUCUUACAAAUUGUAAAGUUUUUUAUGGAACACUUAGGAUAGAUUUGCACAAUUUGUGUAAAAUGCUUUAUGUUCCAUGCCUGAUGUCAGAAUGAUGACAUGCAGAUCUCACGUGAAGCUAGAGUGUAUGUGAUGGACUUUGCCCACCGAGGACCAGCCUCCUGGCUGCUUCAGGAGAAGCUGUAGUCCCCGGCAAGAUGCAUUUGUAAUAUAUAUCCAAAGACUAACCAGAUAAAAAAUAUUUGCAUUGUUUAUUUGAAAGGAUUUUGACUAGAUUAUAAAAUGUUAUUUAC